UAAGUCUAUCGUCGAAACCGGCUCAAUUUUUUCAUUUUGAAUCAGUUAAACAAGUAAGCCUUAUUCAGAUUAUAACUCAUCAAUUUCCCAUACAUCCUUUUGAAAACCAUUCAGAAUGGUGUUAGGUCAAAUUCUACGUAGCACUUUCCAAAAAGUUGUUGGAAUUACUCCUCAUGGAUCUACACCUACUAAUUUUUUAACACCUUCAACGUUGAACUCUUGGUCUAUUGACUUUGUUCGCACAAAAACACGUCAUCAUUUCCCUCGGCCUAAUGAAGCAAAACGUAUUAAAAAACAUGGUUGGUGGACAAGAAUGGCAACAAAAGAAGGACGCAAAAUACUGCAGCGCAGAAUACUCAAAGGACGAUAUGUCCUCAGUCAUUGAUUUUAUUUUUUUUACUUAUGUUAAAAUAAUUUAUAGUUAGUUUUGGCAAUUUUGUGCUCAUCGUGUUUUAUAGACUAAAAUAAAAUAAAAAAAAAAUAAUAAUAAU